AUGAAUUCUUUUGAUUGGUAUUCACCUGAUGAAGAUAGUUAUACUUUAGUUGAUGUAUUACAAGAGGAAAAUAUACAAAAUUCAUUAGUUAUUGAUCUUGGGACUAGUACAGGAUUUAUUACUAAUUCUUUAGACAAAUCUAAUGUAAUAAUAGGUUCAGAUUUAAAUUUAAAAGCAUUAAAAAAACAAAAAGAGGGUAAUUUGAUACACAUGGACCUUUUAAAUUGUAUCCGACAGGAUUUAAUAGAUAUAAUAAUAUUCAAUCCUCCAUACGUUUUAAAUUCAAAUUGUUCAAUUAUUGGAGGAGGGGUAGAUGGAUGUGCUAUCAUAAACAGAUUUAUAAAAGAAAUAGAAUGUAAUAUAUUUUAUUUAUUAGUUAUUGAAGCUAAUAAACCAAAAGAAAUAAUUAAAAAAAUAGAGGCAAAGGGAUAUACAGUUCAAAUAAAAAAAAUUAGAAAAAUUUUAGGAGAGACAAUAUUUAUUUUAAAAGGAAAAAAAUAA